AUGGUUCACAAGCUCAACGCCAUACUUUCACUUGCUCUCAUUUGCCUAUGUCAAUCAAUCUCAUGUGGUGUCUCAUUUGAUUGUGGACACUCUUUUUCCGCUGCGACAGGACCCAAUAAUCAUGGUGAGGAUAUACAUUUAACAAUCCAAUUCCGCCAAACCAAAUGGCUUGCAUCACUUCCGGUGAUGGUCCCAGUAUGUUCUGCGAUCCCCAGUCAUGCAACGGUUCCCCAGUGUGCGCUGAUUGCACUUCGAACAACGGUUUCGAGCCUGUGCCAGGACUCGAACGGAUUAGCUUACACUUGUUCUGGACAAUGCCAAGGAUUUUCAACUUGCAGUAAUUGCGACCACGCAGGAUCUAUCAACACGAAUCAUGAUAUCGGUGUGACUUCGACUUUGCAAGUACACGACUUCAAUCAUAACGACCAGAACUCACCUCAAACCGAUUCCAACUCGCAAACCCAUGAUUUGAAUCACGAUAACCACAAGUUUCAACCAGACAGUGCCGCUGCCACUUCAAAUACCUUUGCAGGCUCCAUCUGUUUAUCUUCAUUUGUGAUGAUUUAUUCUAUUCUCUGA